AUGAGACGUGGGAAUUACACGAACCCGUGCUUGACCAUGCAUCAGCCAUGGGCUUCGCUUCUAGUUCAUGGUAUCAAGCGCAUCGAAGGAAGGUCAUGGCCUGCGCCGAUUCGAGGUCGUCUAUGGAUUCACGCAGCUAGUAAAGUUCCUGAUGAAUCUACUAUUAAAGCAAUGGAAGAGUUUUACACUGAAAUUUACGCUGUCGACGGAAUCACGGAUAUUCAAUUCCCACAACAUUACCCUGUUUCAAGACUAAUCGGAUGUGUUGAGGUUGUUGGUUGUGUCAGCUGCGAUGAACUUCAGAACUGGGAGGCUUUAUCUCCAGGGGUGAGGCUUGAAGGACAAACCGAUUUUUGUUGGCUAUGUGAGAAGCCAAAGAAACUGAUUAUUCCGUUUGAGAUGCGCGGGUACCAGGGCGUUUAUAACUUAGAAAAUAAGAUUCAUGUGGCAGCAGCUAGAGGUCUUACUCCGCCUUCUCAAAGCCCUUACGCGGUGAAGUUUCCUCUUCCGGACCCGAAAGACCCGUUUUCCUUAAAACCCGGGUCUAUUUCCUCUACCAUACAAGAGAAGAAACCAGUUGAGACAGAAGAAAUCACCACUACUCUCACAGCUGCAAUUGCGGGUGCACGAGCAGCGGCUACACAGUUCUCCAAGAAAGAACAGAGUCCCCAUCCUCAAACCAAUAAUUACAUUACUAGAAGCAAGAGCAAAGGUAUAGAAGGAUGUAUUGGAAGCAGCAGCAAAGUUGAAGAUGAUACAAAGUUAACAGUGGAAUCUGAUAAAGCAAGUGUAGCUGCAAAGAGAGAGGAGAGGAAUACAAGUGCUGGUCAAAUAAGGUUUGAUCCUGGAGCUGCCCGGAUUUUGGCCGCUGCAAUUAGGAACUUGAAGCCAUCGUCUUGA